GCAUAUGGCUGCUACGCCCACGGCCGCCCCCGCCCCCUCGCACAUGCUCCACCUCUGAACUCUUCCGCCAUCUCAUAUCCGUCCCGAUACCCUCUCUAUAUGAACUGAGAACUUUUCACUCGUCGGACUUCACGAUUUCUGCUACGUACUGCCGCCAAGACCUAUCCACACCAACCUCGAGCCGAGAUUUCCAGGACCUGACGCGUUCUCCGUGUUCAUCAUCCGAGUGCAGAAGUGAUAUAUCGUGUCACAUCCGAGUAGCUGGUACUUGAGAGAGGCCUUCAGGUGCGUCCCUUCGCGCUGCGGUACCGAAGAGAGGCGUGACAAGUGCUGCAGCUUAAUCCCACACUCUCGCACGACUCCUUCUCAGCGAUGGCCCCGAACUUCCUAUCCAAGUUUGUCAACAGGUCCCCGUCCAACUCCAUCAGCACUCGCAGCCCUGCGGAUUCGCGGUCUUCCUCACCUGCUUCCGCUCAUAAGGUGCCGCCGUCGAUCACCAUCGACUCCGCCAUCUCCAACCGCCUCGAUUCCACGAACGCACGCCCGCGGCGACAUACCACCGUAGGGAGCUCUUCCCCCUCGUUGACCGGGAGUACCGAGUCCUUCCCGAAUGUCACAGUCGUCCCGCCUUCGCCUCGCAGCGUGAACUACGGCUCUGACCUAAACGACGGUGACUCUACCCGAUCGCCGCGCACGUUGUCAGACGGCCAAGAUGGAGCGUCUAACGGGAACGGAUCCGCAAAACGCGUGCCAUCCAUUUCAGACCUCGGUUCCCCUCUCUCCACGAGCACCAACGGCUCUGUCACCGCGGUCGACGACAGUGGCCUGGCGACGCCCACGCCCGCGACGACGCGCACCACCUUCUCCGACGCUCAGAUGUCUGAGCGUUCGCUGGCGCACUCCAGGUCCGCUGGCAACCUGCGCAAGUCGCCCUCGCGCGAGAGCCCGACGGGUCAGAACUCACGGGCACAGACACUCAUAGAUGAACGCUCGCCGGAGAAAGAGAAGGGGCGGGACCGCAGUCGCAGCCGCAGCCCCCGUCUCUCGUUGUCGAAGAAGGCGAGCAAGGCGAAGCUGCGCAACCCCGAGUCGCCGCGCUCCCGUAAGAACUCGACGAAGGGUGGUAAGCAUGAUCGGGCAGCGUCGGUGCCCUCGCUCCCGGUCACGAAUAUCCACACCCCUCCGCCGCUCCCACCCAGCGUCACAGUUACCGACGACGGCACGCUCACAACUUCGCCCGUCUCCUCAGAGUUCCCGAGCGGCCCACCGAACACGUCGGUUUCUGGGAGGUACAACGCAGUCCCGCCCCUCCCACCAAUUUCAGUAAACCUCCUCGUGCCGGACAACUCGGAUGCAGCCAGUAUGUACAGCGUGGACAGCGCCACGGGUGGGAAGAAGCGGAAGGUAUGGUCGAGGAAGGCCAGGAGCGGGAGCGGCAACUCGCAGACGAGCCCCACGUCCAGUGCCCUCUCGCUGAGUCCCAAGAGGAAGGGCACCGCGAACGGGAUUGCAGGUGCAAUUGCCGCAUCCGGCUUGGCGAUGGGCAUGGGUAUGACGCCCGUGCCUCCUAUGGAUCUCUCGCAGCUCCCGCCGACGCCAGGAACGACCUCCACCCUCUCGUCGCGCGGCCACCGCCCGCGACGCAGCUCUGAUAUGUCGCGUGGGGGGCCACGGUCGAGGCAGGCGAGCCUCAACUACCCCGCGAGCGAGUUCAGUGACAGGGAUAGCUAUCAAUCCGGCGAGGAUGACCUUCUAGGCGGUGGAAGUGGGCUGGAGGAUAUGGACGACGACUUGGACCUGGACGCGGAUGAUAUACCGGUGACUGGCUUCGCAGUGGCCAGCAAUAAGCGCAACCAAGACUUCCACGAGCUCUUCCCGUCUGUCCCGGAGGGCGACUAUCUCAUAGAAGACUACGGGUGUGCACUGCAGCGCGAAAUCUUGAUACAAGGCCGUCUGUACGUGUCCGAGAACCACAUCUGCUUCCAUGCGAACAUCUUCGGCUGGAUCACCGACCUAUGCAUCCCGAUGUACGACGUGAUUGCGCUCGACAAGCGCAUGACCGCGUUCGUCAUCCCGAACGCGAUCCUCGUCACGACGACACAACAGAAGUACACGUUCACGUCCUUCCUCUCGCGCGACACGACCCACGACGUGAUCUACAACGUCUGGCGUCUCGCGCGCCCCGGCGAGUCUUCCGCGCGGCCGUCUCCGCGCGGCUCGCUCGACAUCCCUGACGGCGCGAGCGAGGUUGGCGCGAGCGCCCCACAGCCGAGUUCGAUGGCUGGCUUGAAGCCGAAGGUGACGAUGUGCGAAUGCGGGCGGAAGGGCGAGCACUACUCGGAGCUCGCGAUGGAGAGCAUCCUCCCCGGCACGCCGGAGAAGAUUUACAACCUGAUGUUCACGAGCGGGUUCAUCAAGGACUUUAUGAUCCAUGACCAGAAGCUGAUCGACCUCCAGAUAUCCGAUUGGAUACCCGUGGCAGAGGGCUCGCAGCUGCUCUACCGCCAGAUGUCUUACACGAAGCCCCUUAACGGUAGCAUCGGGCCCAAGUCCACCAAGUGCGAGCUCCGCGACGAGAUCGUCAAUUUCGACUUCGACGACUACGUUACGAUGCUGACGACGACGCGGACGCCGGACGUGCCCAGCGGUGGUGUGUUCUCCGUGAAGACAAAGACAUGCCUCACGUGGGCGAGUGCUGUGUCGACGAAGAUUGUGGUCACCACUCAGGUAGAGUGGACUGGACGUAGUUUCAUCAAAAGCAUCAUCGAGAGGUCGGCCAUCGAAGGGCAGAAACAGUAUCAUUCCGACCUGGAGAGUAACAUGCGCAAGUAUAUCCACGAGCAUCAGUCCGAGUUCAUCCCCGAAGGUCUCGACGUCGCCGCCGUCGAAAGUGCGGAGGUGGCACCAGUUACGGAGUCACCCCGGCCCAGCCUCGAUCAUCCCUCGCUCAGCGAAUUGGAGCGACGCAAGUCGCGCGAGUACGAGCGGAACCGGCGCGGGCUGCAGUGGGCGUACGACACGAUCGAGGGCGCGUUCAAGGUCGGGAAGCAGAGCGCGGAGGGCGCGAUCGAGCUCAUCAAGGAUGCGUGGGACCAGUCGUCGUCGACGACGAUCCUGUACUUCGUGAUCGUGUUCCUGCUGGUGAGCAACGUGUGGACGCUGUUCAUGGUCGGGAAGCGAGAGGAGGUCGGGCGGCGGAAGGAGUUGCGCCGCACGGAGGAGCGCGAGCAGUGGGUGCAGGGCGUCGUGACGACGCUCUGGGACGAGCUGCUUACGACGAAAAGCGUGGCGGGCGGGGGACCCGGCGGGUGGCUGCCGCAGCUCCGCGCGCCGGGUGAUUGGAGGGAGGAGGUGAUGGAGAUGCGCUCGGCGCUGGACUCGAUUGAGCAGAGGGUGUCGCAGAUUAGACAGAGCCUGGAUGCCUUGGACUGAUGUCAACUAAACAGGAACGUUCCUUCUUUUCUCGUGGCCUUUGAGAUGGCCGGGUUUCUGCUGGUGGUGGAUUCUGGUGGAUCUGUAUGAUAUUCGUAACUCGUAUACGUCUACACAUGGGGCUCCGGCCUGACAAUGCAUAAUGCUUUACGAACUCAAA